AGUAUAUACAAGGUUACCCUUCAGUGUACACUGUAUACAGUGCUAUCCAAAAUAUACUAAAAUAUUAAAUCUUUGUCGUCUUCAAUUUUUAAUAAAAUGUCGCUACAGAUUUGGUAAUUGUAACCUGGGUUUCCGAACAUUUAAAAGAAAAAAAAUUUCAAAAUACUUAGAUACAUUUCUUAUAAAAAAGAAACGCAGACGACAGUCAGUUUACUAUUUUCUGGUUACUACUAAGUAGUACUAAGUUUUGCUACAAUGUAGUGAAUAAAGUGGCUUAUGUAAUGUAUGCCAAAACUGGAGAUGAAUUAAUUAAAACUUAGAAAGGUGUUCAAGGAUGAUAGCCAUGGCACAGGCUGUUACCCUUCUCACAGUGUUACAAACGUUUAAUGCUCAAAGAACAUGUGAGUCUGGUUCCCCAGUUCUAGAGAGAUAUUCAAAAUCAGCAUUUAACAAAGGAUAUGAUAUGAUCAAAUCGGACCUAUCUCCUGAAGCUGUACUGUCAAAGUGUCGAGAACAUUGUAAUGUAAAUCCAGGUUUAUGUACUGGAUUCUCCUUCAAACCUGGGAAAUGGAUUGGAACCAGGUGGGAAGACAGCUCCUGCGUAUUCUCUAAGGAUAAGUUUAUUCAGGGAGGGAUAAAUUAUGAACGUGCUUAUGAAAUGGAAUACUUCAACCAAAUCUGUCUAAACAGAGGAAGAAUGGAGGAGGUCUGCAACAACAGAACCUACGCAUUCACAGUGUAUCCAGAUAUGGAGGUAGUUCUCAACGACACCUCUAUUGUCCAGGCCAGAGAUAGAAUUGACUGCAUGGAUAAAUGUUUAGCUGAAGAAAGGUUUACCUGUCGAAGUGCAAUCUAUGAUCGAAAUGGUGUUUGUCAUAUUUCAAGAUUCAGUAGUUCCAACAUGAAAAGUAUGAGAGGCAGCUAUUUUAUGGAGAACGAAUGUUUGCACGGUCUAUCUCGAUGUGAAGGGUUCACACAGUACAUAAUGGAGGAAAAUGCUAAUAUAGUUAACUCUCGUGUACUGUAG